CCGAUCAGACGCUUGUUAGUGGAGACGCAGCGUCACAGACACAGGGAUAUUGUGCUUUUUGGAUUAGUGUUGUGUUAAGUUCAAUUGCGUUUUAAUAUAUAGUUAUGAAGCCACUACUUAAGACAGUGGUGGCCAUAAGCCUUCUACUGAUCGUCCAUGCACACCCAGAAAACAUAGAAGAUGUAAAGGAACUGCCACAAUCCAAAGAGCUAGCUGUCGAAGCUGAAGAAUCCGAACCCCAAGCGAGAGUUGAGCGCUGCACAACCUGUGGCACCGGAAACCUCAAAUCACCUCAAGCGCUUUUCGCUGAUCUUCAAGCUGUGCCAGGUGCCGAGGUCCAUACGCAACAGUCCUUCGAAGGAUGUUCAUCAGAAAAGGGCUGUGCUGGUCUCAAGAUUAAAGACGGCAAAGUUGUUGAAAGAUACGGUAAUGCAGACGCCUACAACGCGGCCGCGUCUGCAAAUAGUAACAAUGAGUUCAAAUUUUACUCAGGCUUAGCAAAAAAUGUCUUUGAAGGUACUUUACCAGGCAAUGGUCCUCACUGGUGGAUGAACCAGGACUCACCAUUUAAAGGUGGCGCUGCUAGCAGCGGUAAAUUUGAAAAAUUCAGCAAAUCUUCCAGCUCUAGCUAUUCGAGCACUGGUUCCAGCGGUGCUGGUGCGAAUAGCGCAUUAAACUUGGCAGGUAACCCAUUCUUGAACGGUGACCUUGCUACUUUGGCUGCAGAACAAAACGUUGGAGUUAUUAAGCCCUCUAACUUUCAGUCCUCGUCUUACGAAUCGUCGUCAUUCAGCGCGUCCAACAAAGGGAAGGUUGAUUUAUCGAACAACCCAUUCCUGAAUGGAGGUUUUAAGGCUGGCCAAACAGGAUUUGGAUUUGGAGCAACUGCUGGCUUUGAUGCAGCCAACUCUCAAAGCUAUAACGCAAAUGCUAACGCUCAAAGCUUCGGCAAUUCGUACAGCGGCGGUUUUGCAUCUGGAAACAAGGUUUCUACUGGUUACGCCAGUUUAACCCCUCAGAUCGCGACCUCUGUAUCCAACGUCAACCAGAUUCAGGGUGAAAAAGCAAACGAAUUCGACUACCAACAGCAAACACAACAAUCACAACAAAACUUCAACACCGCCUUCCAAAGUUCUGGAAGCGUUAGUGGAAGUGGCUUGCAGCAGACCUGUGCGACUGAAGGUUACUCCUGUGUAAUCAAAUCUCAGUGCAACAACGGUGUGGCAUACCUUCGUAGCAACCCUAGGAAACAAUACUGCAACGUCGACACCGAAAUUUGCUGCAAGGUAGAAAUAUUCCAAGUCACUAACCAAGAAGCCGGGUCAACACUAAACCAGGGUUCAUCAUACGCUGGUCAAAACAAUUAUGCAUCACAAACUGGUUCAGCCUUCGGAAUUCAGGGACAGUCAACCCAAACUGGGUUUGCCAGCAAUGUUGGCUCUUCAUCUUAUGGAGCAAAGGGCACUUAUGGAGCUCAGAGCGGUACAUCAUUUGUAUCAGCAAACAGAGGUACAGUUGGAUCCACUGGAUUUGGUUCAACCUUCGUGCCAUCUCAAUCUGGUUCAGCCUUCGGAGUUCAGGGACAGACAACCCAAACUGGAUUUGGAAAAAAUGUUGGCUCUUCAUCUUACGGAGCACAAGGAACUUAUGGAGCUCAGAGCGGUACAGGAGCUGGAUCAAGCCUUGGAUCAACAAAUAGAGGUACAGUUGGAUCUACUGGUUUUGGUUCAACCUUUGCACCAUCACAAUCUGGUUUAGCCUUCGGAGUUCAGGGACAGACAACCCAAACUGGAUUUGGAAAAAAUGUUGGUUCUUCAUCUUACGGAGCACAGGGAACUUAUGGAGCUCAGAGCGGUACAGGAGCUGGAUCAAGCUUUGGAUCAACAAAUAGAGGUACAGUCGGAUCUACUGGUUUUGGUUCAACCUUUGCACCAUCACAAUCUGGUUUAGCCUUCGGAGUUCAGGGACAGUCAACCCAAACUGGAUUUGGAACCAAUGUUGGCUCGUCAUCUUACGGAGCAAAAGGAACUUAUGGAGCUCAGAGCGGUACAGCAGUUGGAUCAAGCCUUGGAUCAACAAACAGAGGUACAGUUGGAUCUACUGGUUUAGGUUCAAAUAUUGGGCAAUCAACCCAACAAUACGGAUCUACCAAUGGUUUUAAGGCGACUGGACAAAACAGUUUCUUCGGAACUGACUCUUCACUAGCUGGUAGCGUAAAUCCGGGUGUAUACCGUCCUGGUGCUAUUGGAUCCAAUUUAAAACCUGGUAUACCAUAUUUGCCUCCAGUAGACAAUGACAAGAGUGAUACUUUCGUCAGCUCAACAAUCUACCCGACUCCAACUUUCGCAACUACUCCCAGGCCUGUCAGACCUACAACCGCCAAGCCAACUUACCUACCCCCUCCUGUCUCGUCUACCUCUGCCCCUGGAUACCUCCCUCCGAUUGGAGAGCCGUCAAAUAACAAAGAGACAAUAGUUCCUAACCCGAUAGACACCGAAGGUUUUCUGAACUUGGGCCCAUAUCAAGAACAAAUAAACCCUAUCCCAAUUAACAUCCCAGUGGGCUGUGCUGCAGCGCUGAAAUGUACUCCGAUUGAAUUCUGCACGGCUGACGGUGUUAUCUCAAACACAUCUGUCGUCUUGACCAAACAACAAAACGUUUACAGAGUACCACUUACUGAUUGCAAAGACAUCGAGACUGGUCGUAUCGGCAAAUGCUGCCGUGAUCCCUACUACACUGAUCCUUGGCCGGCCAACCAGCUCGGCAAGUGGUCGCCCGGCAUUUUCGAACCGAAGUCGACAGUCAGAACACCGACAACCGGAACUUUGAACAAAUAUGUCUACUCGACAACGAAACCAACACCUUUCGCAACACCCCGAAGCACGCCUGUGUAUCAAACAAGCACUUCCAAUCCCAACACCGAAUACGAGAUAGAAAGAAAUCAACGCAUCACGGGAGAAAAAGGUUCAAUCAUCGUUUUAGAGAAACAAAAAAAUUACACGCCGGACAUUAGAAAGGAUAUCGGUAUUUAUAAACAGGUCAAUCAAACUGAAGACACUAAAAUAAAAGAAAUUGGAAUGGAAGAAAUUAAUAUUUUUCAGAACAGCAUUGAUAAAUUCGAAAAUACACUGCAGAACGAAAAAGUGAACUUAGGACAUGAUAACGAAAUUUCAGAAUCCAUACAAAGAGUGUUCCUGACACCAUACACAGGUGACGGAAAGUGCGGAGUCUUGAAUGGUCAAAGGCCAUAUGGCGAUCGUAAUAAAUUGGAAGUAGAUUUCGCCGAAAUUCCUUGGCAAGCGAUGGUGCUGCUCCAGACCAACAAGAGCCUUCUCUGCGGCGGUGUGAUCACAAGACCAGAUGUUGUUGUGACAUCGGCUGCUUGUGUUGACGGCUUGGACGCUAAGAACGUGCUGAUCAAGGGUGGUGAAUGGAAACUUGGAAUCGAUGAUGAGCCUCUACCAUUCCAAAUCGUUCAAGUCAAGACGAUCCUACUUCAUCCCCUCUACGUAAGAGGAAGUGCCGCAUACGACUCCGCAAUCUUAGUACUCGCUGAAAACUUGCGAUUCGCCAAGAAUAUCAACCCCAUAUGCUUGCCCAGGGCUGAAGAAACUAUAGAAGAAUAUUACAACGGCAUUGGAUAUUGCAUCGUUACUGGAUGGGGCAAGGACGUGUUACAAGCUCACCUCUCCGGCAGCAUCAUGCACAGCGUGAACGUAUCUCUGCUCAGACCUGGAGAGUGCCAAGCUAAGUUGAGCUCGAACUACCCCAAUCUAAUAGACAAAUACGAUAAAGACAGCUGCGUUUGUGGACAACCUUCAAACCCAUUGAAUGAUAUCUGCAAGGUCGAUGUCGGUAGUGCGCUCGCAUGUACAGGCGGCGAUGGUCAGUACGUGUUCAGAGGCGUUUACUCUUGGGACUCAGGGUGUGAAACUGGUAAUCAAAUCGCAGCCUUCUACAGAUUCGACCUAGAAUGGUACCAAUGGGCUAUUGGGAUAAUCGAAAGUGCAAAAUUCACUCAAUACACUAUCAUAACUAAUGUGAUAAUAACAGACGGUGUCAAAUAUGUAUAUGGCUUCAAUACGAUAUCGUUAAGGCGUAGAGGUAUUGAAAUUAACAUCAAAUACAUCGAGCCAAUCGUAAAAAACUACACAAUUACUCAGACAGUAAUCAAGAAAGAACCAGAAAUUUUAAAAAUAAUUACGAAUAAAGGAUCGAUACCGAAAAUCAUCGAAAGUUACCAUACAAACCCCUCAUUUAUUUCAUACAAGACAAAGCCGGAAAUAGGUAUUUACACGACCAAGCCUGAAGUUUAUUCAUACACGACCAAGCCUGAAGUUAAUUCAUACACGACAAAGCCGGAAAUAAUUACUUACACGACCAAGCCUAAAGUUUUUUCAUAUACGACAAAGCCGGAAAUAGUUACUUACACGACCAAGCCUAAAGUUUUUUCAUAUACGACAAAGCCGGAAAUAAUUACUUACACGACCAAGCCUAAAGUUUUUUCAUAUACGACAAAGCCGGAAAUAUUUACUUACACGACCAAGCCUAAAGUUUUUUCAUACACGACCAAACCUGAAAUUAUUUCAUACACGACAAAACCGGAAAUAUUUACUUACACGACCAAGCCUAAAGUUUAUUCAUACACGACAAAACCGGAAAUUUUUACUUACACGACGAAACCACAGCUUAUUAAUUACGAAACAUCCGGAAGCCGCACUGACCCUCAGUACAUUGCUCCCGCUGUAUCAAGCAACCCCUCUUUCGAAGAAUUAGUCGGUAAACAUGAACACACUCCAAACUGCAAGUGCUUAGAAGGCAAAAAGUAAAGUAACUUUGGGUUCACAAAUUAAGUCUCGGUGCCAUAAAAAUCUGCAUUAAAAAAAAUAACAUUAAAAAUAAUCAUUUUGACAGUAUAAAAAAACACCAGUUCCUAGAAAGAGUUACCCGACAAUUUACUUAAAUUAAACAUUAAAAAUGGCGAACGACAAUUAUUUUAUUUAUAAAUAUUAUGUACAUAGGUAGGACAUAUUUAUUUUAAUUUGUCACAGACUUUUGUUAUAUAUGUAAGUAUAUAUAUUAACAGGCAUUUUUUUUGUAUUCUACCUAAAAAUGUACAUUUUAUUCGUAAUUAUAUUUUAAUUAAUAAUUAGAUUUUUGACCAUAUUGGUUGAAAAAAAGUACCAAAAUGGUCGACUCUCUAAUUUGAAUUGAUCUUAGUUGUAAAAUUAAGUCUACUUUUUAAAAAAGUUACAGAUUAUGUAAAAGUAAGUAUUUAGUCAAUAUUCUGUAUAUUCAUAUCUAUAAUUGUAAAAUUUGGGAUCAAUAAAGUGGAGAUACUUUGCAUAAA